UUCCACAUAAUGGGCUCAAAACAUCUGGUCCAGUGGUUAAAAGCUGUUCACAGGGGUGACUGGACCCCACUAAGCAUUCUUUCGUCUGUAGUGAAUAUUUCACCAAAAACAGCUCUAGGAAAGGCUGGAGGAUCAGUACUGUGUGCUCAAGCCAUGGCCAUGCCCUCCAUCUUCCACCUGACCGAGAAGUGGGGGCUGAAGGCCACGGCCGCCCCAGGAGAAAGGACACUAGGAAGGCCACCGGGGGCCUGAGGAACAUGCGCGUGAAGCAGACGGGAAAGGAGUUUCAGGUUUAUUGUGGUCCUUGAGGGAAAAGCUGAGGGCCCAGCCGUGGUCCCGCAAGUGGAAGUAACCCGCUCUGCAGGGUGAACACGCACCCAGUGCCGCCCAGGAAGCUGCCAGUCAGGAUUGGGCGCAAUCUCUGGAAGGAACUCCAGGAGACAGUGUGGCCUCCACAGCAUUAGGCAGCCAAGGAGAUGCAAACACGUCUGCUGUAGAUGCUGGUGAUGAGACCCCCUCUUCCCAGCCAGGGCCUGCUGGGUAAGAGUGGCAUUUCCGUGGAUGACUUUGUCCCUCAGGAUCGGGGCGUGUAGAUUUAUUGGCUGGCUUCCUUCUUACAGUUUCUUCUCAGAGCACACUCAAGAGAGGCCAUCUGUCCCUUGAGAGGCUGUUGACCAAAAGAGGCUGAAGAAGGAUGUGGAGCCCAGCUGCAGCGGGACCAGCCUGGGGCCUGAUGAGAGCUUGGCCCAGAACCCCCAAGUUCAUCAUUCACAAUGAUGCCUCAGAAACCCUCCCAGAACCCCUCCACCCUCCGACGGAUGUCACCCUGAAGCCAGCCACAGAAGAUGUGCGGGGCGAGCACAGCAACACCGGCCCCACGUCCCUCAGCUGAGUCAUCCUGUCAGCACUGGGGGCCCAAGAUCUCCUCGACUGCUGCACUCCUACUGCUUCUGCUCCCGGGGGAACAGGAGCACGGGUGCCGCCUGCGGGAGCAGGUGGAGAAGAACGGUGAGCUGAAGAGGGGCAGCCGCCGACAACCAGGUGCACAAGCUGCAGGAGGAGCUGGACGAGCUGAAGGGAGGGGCUCCCUGCCUUAGCAGCCUGCUGCCCCCCGCCGAGUUUGGUGGCAGCAGUGGGAUCCAAAGGAGACAUCUGAUGGCUUAGGGGAUGAGAAACACAGGCAUUGGUACCCGCAAAACCUUUGAGUUCUCCAUCUUUGUCACUGAUUCUGAGAGCCGUGGAGUCAGCUCCAGAGUUUCAGCCAGCAGCAGAAGCAGAGCUGUGGGCAGUGGUGGAGGUAGAGCUGGCUCCAGCUCCGUUGACACCACACCCUCUAGCACUGGAGCCAGUGUCCCCUCUACCAGCAGUGUUGGAGCUGGAGCAAGGGCCAACAUGGGCUCCAGCAGGAGUGGGAGCUGCUGAGUUGGAGUCACCUGGACCAUCAUUUCUAGUGGGAAGUCCAUCUCCACCUGUGGCUAAGAAGUGUGAGAAGAAGCCCAACCUACGGCCUUCCCUCCUAAGCUGGUGGUGGAGCAGUUGACUGUGAUGGAUGCGGAGCUCUUCCGGAAGGUGGUGCCCUCUCAGUGCCUGGGCUCCACCUGGGGCAAGAGGAACAAGCCCAGCAAUGAGCACCUGGCACACACCGUCCGGGCCACCAUCGACCACUUCAGAAGGGUGGCCAGCCUCGUCGUCACCACCUGCCUCGGGGACCCGAGCAUGAUGGCCCAGGACAGGGUGAGGGUGGUGGAGCGCUGGAUCCAGGUGGCCCAGGAGUGCAAGAUCCUGAAGAACUUCUCCUCGCCCCGCACUGUCAUCUCUGUUCUGCAGAAAACAUCCAUAUGCCACCUGAAGAACACAUGGGGGAAGUUUCCUGGGAGAGCUCUGAAAAACUUAAGGAGCGCUAUAGCCAAGACGAGUCCUUGAGCAGAGAACUGAUGACCAAGGAGGGGCCUUCCACGUUUGCCCCCCGGAAAUCAGCCCCCAUAGAGUGCAGGAGAAGGAGAAGCAGCAGCAGCAGGUGAGUGUGCCUGUGGGGGAGGGGCUCUGCGCUCCCAGCUGGAGGCCUCAAAUCAAGAGAGGAGGGCCCUUUCUCUUGGUGCUACAGUGUCCGAAUCCCCCAGUAGAAGUGACCGGGAUGGCCUGGAAGAGCUGGUGCAGGAUGGGUUUGUUGUGGGGAGGGACAGGGACCGCAUACCCUGUGAUUUGCUAGAAGCCUGCCCUGGGAGGUGAGGAGGAGGAGUGUGGUGUUCUUGGGGUGUGAAGCAAGGAGGAAUUGAGGGGAGGCUGCUAAGGGUCCUAGGCUGUUCCCCGUGGGAACCCUGGGGUGGGCCAGGAGGCUGUGGCUGUGGACUUUUCAGGGGAGGGUAUGCAGGGGGUCGACUUGAGAGCAAGGGCUCAUCCCACCCGCACCCCAAUGUCACAGGGUGUCGUCCCCUAUCUUGGCACUUUCCUUGGUGACCUGCUUAUGCUGUGUCUGGCGAUGGGUGAUUAUCUCGAGGUGGGUGAACCUGAGGCCAGGCAGGAAGGACCACGAUCCUGAACCUUGGGAUGCGGGAGCCCCCGAAAUGUGCUCCGAGCUCUCAGCACUUGACACAUCUCUCCUGGGAGCCUCGCAG